UUAAGCUUUAAUUAUAUUCCCAUUCCGUUGGUUAAAAGAAAAUAUUCGCAUUCCGUUAUUGACAAGGAUUCUCCAAACCCCAAAACCAUCAUCGCCAACAUUCCAUCUUCCACACAAGUAGGUUCUGAAUCAAAAAAGACAAAAAUAUUGGGAUAAUGAAUAAAGACAGGAUCAGCAAAUUACCAGAAGGAAUUCAUGGUGAAAUAUUGUCAUAUCUCUCAGCAAAAGAUGCUGCCAAAACCAGCGUUUUGUCCAGGAGUUGGAGACACACAUGGAGUACUUCUCUUGCCAGUCUUGAUCUACCAAGUCCAUUCGUCGAUUUCGUUAACCGGCCUUUGAGGGUUCACUCAUUCCCAUUUAUCAAAAGAUUUAGACUUAAAGUUGGAGGAUAUUGUCCAAGUCCAAUCUUAAAGUCAUGGAUUGAAGCUGCGGUUUCAUAUAAAAUUCAGGAGCUGGAUCUUUGCGUCCAACAAAGACGUUUUCUGGUUCCCGGUCAUCUUUUCAGUUGCGAAUCUCUAAAGGUUUUGAAGCUUCGGGGAUGGGAAUGUUUUAUUGGUACGAGUUGUCUUCCGGAAACUAUUACCGAAUCUCAAGAUCCUUCGUCUUGAAUUUAUCAACUUUCCAAGUGAUUCUAUCGUUGAAAGGAUGUUAUCGAGUUUCGUUAAUCUUGAAGAACUGGCAUUCUAUAAAUUGAAUGAUCAUACUGCUAAGACUAAAACUAUCCACGUUCGGUCUUCUUCAUUGAAGGUUUUAAAGAUUAACAUGCUUAAUCAAUUCCCAACUCAAAAUUACUAAGUUUGUUGUUGAUGCGCCAAAACUUGAAUUUCUCGAGCUUGAUUGUUAUCGCUGUAUAAAAGUUGAUAUUAAGGCGAAUUCAUGCUCUAUAGUUGAUGCGGUUUUGUAUAGUUCAUCUAUGCAGAGUUACCCAAAAGAAGCCGCUAUUCAAUCAGUUGUAGUUCAAUUUGUCACGAAUAUCUCCAGUACUGUUAAAAUUUUAGCCUUAUCUCGGCACAUU